AUGGGUCUCCUCCAACUAUUUGAAGCUUCAUCGAUACCGGUUUUGAAUAUGCUUCUGAUGACUUGCGUUGGAUCAUUUCUUGCAACGGAUAGUGUUAAUAUUCUCGGGGAAGAUGCCAGGAAGCAUCUGAAUAAUGUGAGUUUCCCUCUUGCUUCUUGAUCAUUUUCAUGUUCCAUCUUCACUGAAUAUUAGAUUUUGUCCGCGCGUGCUCCUUGGGCAUUCACUGAACCACUUAUAUUUAUGAACAGAUCGUAUUUUUUGUGUUUAGUCCGGCUCUCAUCGCAGUCAAUCUCGCUAAGACAAUCACCUUCGAAAGCUUAGUUCUCCUGUGAGUUUAACUUCAACUUUAUAUCAAUGGGAAGAUCAUGGCUAUGCUUCGAUAACUAUGUUCUUAUUUUCUCUGCAUCCAUGAAGAGAUACAACGCAGAGUUCUUCUUACUGAAUUCUUUGUGUGGCUUUGCUUGAUGAGAGUGAUCUAUCUAUCUUUUCUGCAUGCUGAUGACAGACUCUUCACAUUAUACGCAGGUGGUUUAUGCCAAUUAAUUUAUUUCUCACGACUGUCAUUGGUUCCGGUCUUGGAUGGAUCGUCAUGAGAAUCACCAAAGCUCCUGCCCAUUUUAAAGGCAUCAUUUUAGGCAGUUGCGCUUCUGGUAAUGUUGAACUUACAAUGGUCAGGGGAAAUAAAUUCAGCGGUUUUAUUUCCAUGAUAAUGUUCUCAUUUACGUUAAUUUCUUUCAAACACGAUCAUGAACUAACAAUGGGAAUUAUUUUUUUAUUUGAACAGGAAACGUGGGCAAUAUUUUCUUUGUCAUUAUUCCUGCAAUGUGUAAAGAGAGAGGCAGUCCAUUUGGAGCUCCUGAUAUCUGCCGCACAUAUGGAUUAGCCUACUCCUCUCUUUCGUUGGCAGUGAGUCUCUGUUCUCCGAUAUCUUCAUGCUAGAUCUUCCUCUGUUUUAUUGGAAAAAUUACCAUGAAAGAGCGCCAUAUACAGAAAAUGCGCGUAUAUACUUUGAAUUAAUUUAUAUUUAUUUUAUUCCACUGCGGUGCUGAAGAUAGGGGCUUCCUUCCUGUGGUCUUACGUCUACAAUAUUAUGCGCUCAUCUUCGAAGUUGAAAGAAGAAGCGAGCUCAUACACGCAACAGACUUCGCCCACGGAGGAAUAUACGAGCCUGCUCCCAGAGAGAGGUAUUAAUGGUACGGAUUCCAUGGCUAAUGGGUCACUCGAUGGUCAUUCUGUAGAUGCAUCCGGACUUCCUCUCUCAAGCUCCGAUGGCUCUACCUCAAGAAGAGAGGUCAUUUGCCCAUAUUUCUCAUUAAAUUCUUGAUUCAAUUGUCGUGCUCCCAUGCUCAUAGAGAGACAAGUAUCCUAAGUUUAUGAAAGAUUCUCCAAACUAUGAACAUGGAUGCAGCUCGAUCCUUCUCUGGAUUUGGAAGUGGCCAGAUGGAAGAUAUCAUUCUUUUUUGUGUUUCAAUGCUUCCAAGAAAGGAAAGAAUAACGUAAAUAAAAUAAAAUUGGAGAUGUUAUUUUUGUGCUGAAGAGGUAUUUCUAUUGUAGACAUCGUAUGAAGUCAACUAUGCACAUGGAUUAAAACUUUUCAUUGUCCGAUACAGGAAAGAUUUUCAGUCCGGAUAAGUCAUCUCCUGGGGCCACUUUUGGGUAUUGACUUGAAGAAGAUUUUCGCACCUUCAACAAUCGGUGUGGUAUGAUCGCCACAUAUUUCUCCUUUUCUUUAUGAGAAUUAUGAUGCAGAUUAUGUCGCUAUAACUUCGUCCCACGUUGAUUGUUCCUUGCAUUCUUCCAGAGAACUGAUUUUCUAUGUAUCUUCUAAACAAUCUCUCAUGGUUAGGAGCCGGUGAUCACAUAUUUAACCAUGAAACAGGUUUUAUACAUGAUAUCAAAAACCUGGGCUUAAAGCCGCAGAAAAAAAAGGAGAUUAACCCACAAAUUAUAAAAAUAUGCACUCAUUUUCAUGAGCUCUCAUACUAUUUUUUUUUUUUUUUCACAUUCUAUCUUAAAUUUUGACUCAUAUGAUUUCGUGUUUGCGGACUGUCAUGGAUUUCACGGAUGUUUUUCCACAAUAUAUGAGGAAGAUACUCUUCUGCUGAAACAUGCUGCAGGAAUGAGCCAGUAUUCAUAAAAAAUGUAAAUAUCUCUGGAGAAACAGUGGUUCUUGAAUUAUUUUUAACUAUAAAGUAAUCAGAUAAUCUCUCAGAGCAGAAAAGAAAGCCAUUGUUCGAUGGCCACAGAUGCUCAGAACAAAGAGAGACAUGUGCGUGAGCAAGCUGUGUGCACCUGUUAGAAAUUACUUCAACAGUAAGAGAGGCAACUGUUUUUCGAAAUAGAAAUCCCCAGCAGAAAACUAAAGAAAGAGCUCCCAACUGAGCAACUGAAUCGAAUUUUCUUCAAUAUUUCGUUGCUUGUACAUGCGAUGGCCCAGAACCCAAUAUUUUUUGAAGGAGGCUCUACCUUAUUCUUUUCUUCCAAUGUCUGAUGACUUAUCUACCUUCAUAUUUUCAUACUCUAUUUCUGCAGAUCAUUGGGUUUACAAUUGGAGUAAUCCCACCAAUAAGGCGGUUGCUGAUCGGUGAAGAUGCACCUCUUCGCAUGAUAGAAGGCUCGGCUUCUAUCUUGGGGUAUUAGCAUUCUAAUUUACCGUUGUUUGGAUUGCAGUCUUCUAUACAAAUAUGUCCUGCGUAUUAUGUAAAUGAGCUAAUGGGAAACAAAGAUCCAAACGUAGGAUCUGUGAACAAGUCAUUUUGAGAUAUACCAUUGCUUCUGGAUAUGAGUAUAUCAUGUUGGCUAGAUAUUUCACCUGUUGCUUCGGAUGAACCUGGUUUACUUUGAUUUGGGCUACAGCAGGGAUAUAAACCUCGAGUUUUUAUUUGAUUUUAAGUAUCGGACGUUCAGGAAACAUUUUCAAUAGCAUUUUGGAUAUCUCCCUCUGAAAAUCUACAAAAUCUCACUUCAUCCAUUCUAAGUGCUUCUUUCGUCGAAUUUCUCUCUUACCCUUUCUUUUUGUUCUUCCCCGGUGUGUAGGGAGGGAUCAAUUCCAUCCAUCACACUUAUUAUGGGAGGAAACCUCAUCAAAGGUGGCAACUUGGCUCUCUCUCUCUCUCUCUCUCUCUCUCUCUCUCUGUGUGCUGAUAUCACGUUUAUUUGUCUGAUUUUCUCAUUGGGUUGACCACAAGAUGACUUUUGGCUGUUCUCUUACCAGGCCUAUAUGGAUCUGACAUCCGAAGCUCCCUCAUUAUUGGAGUUGUAGUAGUUCGUUUUAUAAUCCUUCCCAUAAUAGGGGUAGGCAUUGUCAAAUGGGCAAUUCAUCUUGGUCUGGUGCACUCAGAUCCCCUGUACCAGUUCAUUCUAUUCUUGCAAUAUGCAGUUCCUCCUGCAAUGAACAUCGGUAAAGCACACCAUCUUUUUUAUCAGAUUGGCAUUUGGGUUUCUUCACGUUUCUCCUCUGUUCUGACUUGUGUUAUCUGGUCAGUCACCAUCACUCAACUGUUUGGCACUGGCAAGAGCGAGUGCGCAGUUAUUUUUCUAUGGACAUACAGCCUGGCUUCGGUUUUCAUGUCACUUUGGUGCACCUUUUUCAUGUGGCUUGUUCUGUGA